AUGUACAUAUAUAUGGAUUGCUAUUGUAGUAUACACGUACGGGGAGCCAGACCUGGGAAGAAUGUACAGUUGACGGAAGGUGAAAUAAAGGGACUAUGUUUGAAAUCACGUGAAAUAUUUUUAUCGCAACCAAUUCUAUUGGAGCUGGAAGCUCCGCUUAAAAUCUGUGGCGAUAUUCAUGGACAAUACUAUGAUUUGCUACGACUGUUCGAAUAUGGUGGAUUCCCACCAGAGAGCAAUUAUCUUUUCUUAGGAGAUUACGUCGAUCGAGGAAAACAGUCUUUGGAAACAAUUUGUCUUCUUCUUGCCUACAAGAUCAAAUAUCCAGAGAACUUUUUUUUACUUCGCGGUAAUCACGAAUGCGCAUCUAUUAACAGGAUAUAUGGAUUUUACGAUGAAUGUAAACGUCGUUACAACAUUAAAUUGUGGAAAACGUUUACGGACUGUUUCAACUGUUUACCGGUCGCCGCUAUAGUCGACGAAAAAAUCUUUUGCUGUCAUGGAGGUCUGAGUCCAGACCUUCAACACAUGGAACAGAUUAGGCGUAUCAUGCGACCAACCGACGUACCCGACCAAGGGUUGCUAUGCGAUUUGUUGUGGUCGGAUCCGGACAAGGACACGAUGGGUUGGGGAGAAAACGACCGUGGCGUCUCGUUCACAUUUGGAGCCGAAGUUGUUGCCAAAUUUUUACAUAAGCACGAUUUUGACCUGAUAUGUCGUGCUCAUCAGGUUGUAGAAGACGGCUACGAAUUCUUCGCGAAAAGGCAGUUGGUUACUUUGUUCUCGGCACCAAACUACUGCGGCGAGUUUGACAAUGCCGGAGCUAUGAUGUCCGUGGAUGAAACUCUGAUGUGCAGUUUCCAAAUUUUGAAGCCAGCCGACAAAAAGAAAUUAAAUUACGGUGGCCUGAACGCAGGUAGACCAGUGACGCCUCCGCGAGGUGGAAAUAACAAGAGCAAGAAGAAGUGAAAUCCUUAGAUUUCUUUUUCACCCCUGCCCCCUUCUUUGAACGCAAUGCUUACAACUUCGAAACAACAACUCCUCCCUUGAAUCUUACCAUCUUUUAUGACUCGAUCAAGUUUUUGUACGAGGAAAGACGUUAUUGUUAUUUUUCCUGGCAUCGCUCAAUAAUUGUCAACACUAUCGGCAUCUUGCUUUCGAAGUUACAGUGAAAUCGAAUAAGCCAUUAUCGACAUUAUCAGUGACGCAUUAAGAAAAGAAGAAACACGACGGAGAGAGGCAUCGAUCGUCGAGUAAAAGGAAGAACUGUGUGCGUCGAUAGGGCACACAGUUCAGAGAGAGAGAGAGAGAGAGAGAGAGAGAGAGAGAGAGAAAAGGAUGAAUGAAAGAUUGGAAAGCUAUAUUGACGAAAGAGAGCUAACAUGCCAAGUUGGAUUACUCCCAGUUAGAUUAGAAAACUUGAUAGAUCACUGUUAGACGAAAUUUUUCGAGAAGAAAAGAAUGUCGUUGCCAGAAAUGACAAAAGGGUAGUUAGCAAACAGUUUGUCCUUGAUUUGUCGCUUUGAGAUUUUUCCGAUGUUUUGAGAAGACACGCGGUACGAUUGAAACGUAGGCAGGGACAAGUUGAUUGUGCCAUUCUUCGUUGGCAUAACUCUACUCUACUUGUCACAGUGGUUGUGCGUCGACGUAUACAUAAAAUGUCGCGGUAUACGUAGAAAUAAUCGUCGCGAUAAGUGUUUCAGGUACGAUACAUAGUUAUGGCUUGAUUAUAUUUCUGUAAAAUGCACAAAAUUUGUAAACGACAUGUAGGUAAAACUUCCUCGAACAAAACCGCUUUUGUAGAAUGUGCUUUUAUACUUGAAUUUUGAUAAAUUAUAAAAAGUAUAGGUAUCGUAUUGUAUUGGUCGUUCAGUGGAAAGAAAUCGAUUUCGCGUGGCACUGAUGCGGGAAAGAAAAGGAAAGGAAAGUGCACGCGUUCGAGAAUUGGUUAACAUUCGAUUCUUUUAGGAAUCCCGCGAGCAACGGCAACUAUCCGCGGGAGGAAAUUCUCCGAAUUUGAUUCGAUGCGCAACAACGCGAUCAUUAAUUUUCUGAAGGGAAUUGUAAUAAUAACGUUAAAGUAAGAGCAUGCUGUAAAUGUGUAUAAUUGGAGUAGCCACGUUGUGUAGAUGUGUACACGCGCGACGGAAGGAAGGAGAAACGUAAAAAGAAACCCCGAUUUCUAAGGAUUUCAUCGUAUAAUUAAUUAAUAACUAUCCCGAGUUUUCCUUGGGAGGAAUUUCAUUAAUCUCAUCGUUAACGUUUACACUAUAUUAUUGAUUUCAUUCAUUUUCUCGACACGCUGUUUCAUCUGCACCGUCUAGAUCGCAAACCCAAUCUCCUCGAAUGAUAUUGCUAAAGGUCGCGUAUGAAAGGAAUCUAUCACAUUAUGCCGUACCAUAAAAAUCGGCACGACAAGCAACACCGAUAUUACGACUGCCUCCCCGUACCCUGUAUCCUGUACUUGUACAUUAAUUUCUAUUUUAUAAAUAAAAUUCACGAAAAAUACUCGUUCAUCCUA